UUCAUAUAUUUUCAUAUGUCACCUUAAUGUGAUAAUCACAUAAAAGUAGUUUAAUAAAAUGUAUUGUGGUAAUAGUGCAAUACAUUUUGAAUUCACGCCUUAUCAUAGCUUAUAGCAUAACAAACUAUAGAAUCUGUGGACUAAUGUGGACUUUGAACAAUGUUCAACUCAGUUUAUUUAGUAUCACUUGCCAUUGUAUCCAUAUCAGUUCUUAUUUCAUAUAUUUUAAUGAAUACAAAUACAGUUUCAGAGCUGGAGACGAUGGCUAAGAAUGGCUUAGUUUUUGUUGCAAACACAGCAAAGUUGCACAAUUUAGUCACCAAGGCCAUUAAAUCAGUAAAAAAUAUAUUAUAUAUUAAAAUUAAUAGUGAAUCAGGAAAUUUAUUGCCCAUAUUAAGCAAGCAAAUUGUUAACAUUUAUAGUAAUGCAUCUUCACAAAAUACUGAUGUAAGAUUGAUGUUGAAGCCAAUUAAAUCAGGAGAAAGAAUACAAACAAAUCAUGCAAUAGAUCUCAUACUAUAUGAAAGUGAAUUGGACAAAAACAUUGAAGAGCUCAAGCAUUCCGUAAAUAAUUUAGAAACUGGUUGUAAAGUUAAAAGUUUUGAUAGUCAAAUAUCAGAUAAUGUAUCUAUGGUAGAAAAUGUGAAGACCUAUGAGUAUGUAGCAGUUGGUGGAACAUUUGAUAGACUACACAACGGACAUAAGAUCCUGUUGUCGCAGGCGGCUCUGCGGGCAACCAAACAUGUGACAGUCGGGGUAACUGAUGUAAAUAUGAUUAAAUCAAAAGUUCUAUGGGAGUUAAUUGAGCCUGUAGAAAAAAGAAUAAAAGGUGUGCUUGACUUUUUAACUGACAUAAAUCCGGAUCUUGAGUAUAAAGUUGAACCAAUACAAGAUUUAUACGGACCUACUAAAUCUGAUCCGAGGUAUGAGUUGAUAGUGACAAGUGAGGAAACACAAAGAGGUGGUAUCAAAAUCAACGAGAAACGAGAAGAAAACGGCCUUCGACCGCUUGAUACGUACGUGAUAGGUCUCGCUAAGGAUCUGGCCAUCAGACAUUCAGCUGAAGAAGAAACCAAAGUCAGUUCCAGCAAUCAGAGGAUGAGGUUACUGGGAACGUUGCUAAAGGAGCCGGAGCCAAAUCCCCGAAUCCCAUCGCGGCCUUAUGUCAUAGGAUUGGCUGGUGGUAUUGCCAGUGGAAAAAGCAAUAUUGCUGAGAAAUUAAAAUUAAAAGGUGCUGCUGUUAUAAAUUGUGAUUUGAUCGCUCACGACCUGUACAAGCCCGGUCUGCCGCUCAACCGGACUCUAUCAGAAGCUUUUGGAGGACAUAUCAUCACAGAGAACGGUGAAGUGGACAGACGGAAACUAGGGCAGAUAGUAUUUAGUGAUAAGAAUGAAUUAGAAAGGUUGAAUCAGAUAGUAUGGCCGGCUGUGAUAGAGGAGACGCAGCGACGUAUUAAAGCGCUCGGAAAGGAAGGCUACGAGGUGGUAGUGAUGGAGGCCGCUGUGAUGGUGCGGGCCAAGUGGUACCACUACUGUCACCAGCUGUGGGCAGUUAUUAUACCUCCUAAUGAGGCUAUUAAAAGGCUUCAAGAGCGCAACAAUCUAUCAGAAGAAGAAGCAAGACAACGUGUGGAAGCUCAAGUAUCAAAUUCUGAACAAGUGGCUGCCGCUAAUAUUGUUUUCAGUCCGUAUUGGAGCUACGAAUAUACACAAUCCCAGAUAGACAAGGCCUGGGACCAUUUGCAGAUAUAUCUCGACACCAAGACUACGAAAUGAAGUAUUUAUUACUGUUUUAAGAUAUAUAGUUUAUAUAAUCUGUUAAAAUGUUUACACACGUUCAAUAAUGUUAUUAAAAUAUUUUUUCUUUAAUAAAAUAAAACAGCCGCUUGCGCUUUGUAAGUGGCUUGCUUUAAUGUACCUGAAAUUACUAAAAUAUAUCAAUAAUAAAAAUAAAUUAUCUGUGUAUUGCGUGGUGUUGCUACUAUCGCUUUAGUGCUGCCAUUUAAAUUGAAUUUAAAAGAAAAGGAAAAAGAUUAAACAAGUAAUUUAUUACUCAAAGAAGCAAUGUCAUUUUUUAACGUCAAGAUAAAAUUAAUAUAUCCAGUUUUUAUUUUAUAAUUAAAUCUAGGGGUGGAGGGUUUUCUAUGUACUCAUCCAAUAUAAUUUUAAGUUUUACUUGUCGUUAAUUUUUUGUUGCUGUCCCAUUUUUCUCCACUUUGUAGAUAGUAAAACUUUUUUUUUACAUUUAUUUCGCAUCAUAAAUUUCCACACCAGUUUCGGUUGUUUUCUCCGUUUUUUUAUUAGAAUCAGAUGUUUUGUACAUACAAUUUGCCAGCGGAAACUCACUGUUAUAAUCACAUAAUGUUAAUUUCAUCUUACCUUUUAAAUUUUCUGUUUGCUCGUUUGUUGAUUUUACGAUUUUAACUUUUCGCACUUUUCAAUAUCUACUUCUUCUAUAGCAAAUUAUUUUUAGUCUACAUUUUUAAAUUGAAAAAAAGUAAAAUAAUAUUAAAUGACCCCAGUUUGAACUUUGUCUAUUAAAUCAAUUUUAUGAAAUGAUAAGC